AUGAGCAAGUUCAUUUGGGUCAUGCUGCUGCUUUUGAUCACUGUGGCUGUUGCUGAAGAUCAUGAUUCCGAUCAUGAUCAUGAACACCAUAAAGGUGGUCCAUGUGGCAAGUUUAGCACACAAAGAAUGUUAACACAUAAGCUGCGUCACUGUGAAAAAGCAGCACGUGACAAGUGGGCUCAUGUUUCUGCUGAGUGCUGCAAAGAAGUGGCAAAGGUCAGCAUCCCUUGCCUUCGUGCUAUCUUUUCUUCAGACUCCUUCAAGAAAGUUAGAGUUAAUCCCGAAAUUGCAAUCACUAUUCCCGCACGUUGCCAUCAUGUUCACUAA